AGCUAGAGAAGAAGAGCGUAGGCUCGUCACACGUGUUUACCACAUCACUUGGAGAUAUUUACCACGUUUGUCCGUUUUUGUAGUGUUAAGCCACAAAUUUAGCAAAAUGCCGAAGGUUAAAGCGGAGAAGAAAAGCAGGCAGCAUCAAGAGGUUAAAAACCAAGGUAUUAUGUUCAACACAGGAAUUGGUCAGCACAUCUUGAAGAAUCCUCUUGUUGUUAACAGCGUCAUUGAGAAGGCUGCACUUAGGCCAACAGAUGUGGUUUUGGAGGUGGGACCCGGUACUGGUAACAUGACGGUGAAACUACUAGAAAAAGCGAAGAAGGUGGUGGCGUGUGAGUUGGAUUGCAGAUUGGUGGCGGAACUGCAGAAACGAGUACAAUGCACACCCAUGCAAGCGAAGCUUCAGAUUUUAGUCGGGGAUGUUUUGAAAACAGACCUGCCCUUCUUUGACGUGUGUGUGGCCAAUUUACCGUACCAGAUCUCCUCGCCGUUUGUCUUCAAACUGUUGCUUCACCGCCCUUUCUUCAGGUGUGCCGUGUUAAUGUUCCAAAGAGAAUUCGCCAUGCGUCUGGUGGCCCCACCUGGAGAUAAACUCUACUGCAGGCUGUCCAUCAAUACUCAGCUUCUGGCUCGUGUGGACCAUCUCAUGAAAGUUGGGAAGAAUAAUUUCCGUCCUCCUCCAAAAGUUGAGUCCAGUGUUGUGAGGAUAGAGCCCAAAAAUCCUCCUCCUCCAGUCAACUUCCAGGAGUGGGAUGGCCUGGUCAGAAUAGCCUUCGUAAGAAAGAAUAAAACCCUCAACGCUGCAUUCAAGUCGACUGCAGUGGAGCAGCUCCUGGAGAAGAACUAUAGAAUCCACUGCUCUGUGUCCAAUGUGGAGGUGCCAGCGAACUUUAGCAUCAGCAAAAAAGUAGAAAGCAUCUUACAAGAGGCUAAUUUCAGUGACAAGAGAGCAAGGUCCAUGGACAUCGAUGACUUCAUGGUAUUGCUUCAUGCGUUCAAUGCAGCAGGGAUCCACUUUUCCUAAAGGCACACAGCCAGGAAGAAACACCAGUGAUUGGUAUUCCACAAGUCAAAGACUAAAGUAUUUCUUUCAUCUAGAGCCCUUUUAGAAAUUUCUAAUUGUAAAUAAAAGAUACGUCAAGAACUCA